AUGGCUACAUACCGAACUUCAAGCACUGUACCCGCGGAUAUCAUUACUUAUCGAAAGGACGAUAAGCUUGUCUUUGUGCAACCAGCAAGUAGCUACGUGGGCGCAAUCGAGGAAGCUCGAAAGGUCUUCCCCGAAUUGGGAGCAAUACCCGACGACCGGAUAGGCUUCUAUAUAACCGCAACUUUGGGACAUUCCAAAGCGCAAGUACGGGUGUCGGAAAGCGCGUGGUGCGCGGCCAUUGCACGGCUGCUACGGGGCGAAGUCGUCGACGUACGCGUCGUUGAAGCAGACGUCUCGAUCUCUAUUGAUCCACCACGGUAUCUCGAGGUGCCAGAUACAAAGGAGACUUCUCCGGACUUUUACAACGCAAACAACGACAUAAGGGAGUCACGCUCGGCACCCUCUUCACGCUCCCCAUCUCGCCAGGCAUCACCAUCUGGUAGAAUCAGAUCACAUCGCAGCUGGUGGCAAUUACCCUCAUGA